AUGCAGAUUGACCCGGCGGCCCUGAAUCGGGCGGACGCUGCUGCGUCGACCGCGAUAGCUUCGUCCAAGGGGUCUGCUACCAACGCGCCCGCGACUCAGAAGUCGUCCAGCAAGGUCCUGAUUUCCGUCCCGCGACUGGACCUGGAACCUGCCUAUACGGAGUUGAAGGCUGCCAUCGGCGAUAAUUGGUCUGAGUAUAAGCAGUCUACGGCGCUUUUUCUUCUUGGGCAUCUUAACCAAAGCGAAUACUCGUCGCGCGUCGAUCAUAUUCUAUGCGCCGACUCGAAAACUGAACACCUUCACAAUAACUUCGUAUGCGCGAUCAUUGGAAACCUUACAAGAGACCUGCCCGACCAUGGUGUUGCAAGUUGGGUAUCGGCGAAUGACAAACCGUCCGUUGUGUCAAAGCCGGCCUCCGGGGAUGCGGCUGAGCACAGGUUGAAGACGGAGGUGAUGCAGCUUCCUCCUCGAGACCGGCGGCGUAUCAAGGCGAUUCAAGAGCGUGACCCCAACGAGACGGUGCCCAAUGAGCUGGAAGAAUAUCAUUUGGCCAAGCAAAUUAAAUUACCAAGCCAGGUACCUGCGAGUGCGGGUGGUUUGAAUAAGACCAAUUGGGAACUAGAAAUUCGAAAACGCUACGCACAACCCCUAGCUUCAGAAACCGGCGAGUUCCCCGACUCCGAGUCCAUAUACGCGCGCAUGAUCCCGAUAUGCUAUGAAGAAUCCAUUGUCAGCGGUGCGGGUCUCCCCUGUGCGGAUUUCAUGGCAAUUGCGACAGAGACAUUUGUAAAAGAGGUUUUGUCUGUUGUCUUUUCACGAACCAGAUCCAACGGCCCGUCAGGUACCAUAAAUGGGAUGAUGAUGCGGAAAUAUCGACAACAGCUCGAACAAGAGGAACUGGCCUACACCCGCGGAGAGAUCGUCAAGGACGGCGCAAGCGGGUUACUGCCCGUGGAAGCGAAAGAAGCGGCCGUUAGGAAACCUCUCGGGGUCCGAGAUCUUCGAUUGGCCUUGGAACUCGGUAAUGGUGUCCUCAGCCAUAUGCCAUUGAUUAUAGAUCAGGUCAUGGGCGGUUAUCUCGAGGAUGAGCUUGAGACGGAGAAGCAAGACCGCACGGAUGACGGUGCCCCGGUUCUUACUGAUGACGACACGAAAGCCGGUUUCACUGAUGAGAUGGAUUUGGACGAAGCCGAUUCUGGCUGGGAAGGAGCUGGCGCCACAGACCACGAGCAAUUGGGCUCGUUGCUGGACGAAUGUCUGUCCAUGGCUGCAUAG